AUGGCCUUUCUUCCCAAUAUCUCCGGCGACUUUGCUCCUUUAUUCCAUUUACUCGAUGACUAUGAUGUCCACCGAGCAUGCCGCCCAAAGCGGAGGACUACGCCUGUUCGCUCCUUCACACCCCGGUUUGAUGUCUAUGAAAUAAACAACAAUUACCAUCUUAAUGGAGAACUGCCUGGCGUAAAUCAAGCCAGCCUUGAUAUCGAGUUCACUGACCCUCAUACGCUGGUCAUAAAGGGAUGCGUGGAGCGCAAUUACAGCGACAGCACAUCCAAUACCAACGAGCAGGCCGAAUUUCUCAUUGACGCUUCUUCGGCCAAGUCACUCCAGCCAACAGUUGAAGAUGAAGAUGAAGAAGCAAGCGACGCAGCAUCUGCCAAAUCUUCAAAGCAGGUGACCGUCCAAGAGCAGACCAAAUCGCACUACAAAUAUUGGAUCGCCGAGCGCCCAGUUGGCAAGUUUCACCGAGCCUUUACUUUCCCGAUAAGAGUAGAUCAAAAUACAGUCAAGGCUACUCUGAAAGAUGGGAUUCUCUCGGUUAUUGUCCCAAAGGAAGCUGCCCCGACCUUAAAGAAAAUCCGUGUCGAGUGA